AUGGGGGUCGCGGGCCUUGGCUGCCCCUGGGCGGCCCGGGCGCUGCUGCCGCUGCUGCUACCGCUGCUGCUGACGGCGGCCGUCCCGCCCGGUUGGGGCCGCGCCGCGGGGCCGCCAGAGGACGUGGACGAGUGUGCCCAGGGGCUAGAUGACUGCCACACCAAUGCCCUGUGUCAGAACACACCCACCUCCUACAAGUGCUCCUGCAGGCCUGGCUACCAAGGGGAGGGCAGGCAGUGUGAGGAUAUUGAUGAAUGUGAAAAUGAACUCAAUGGAGGCUGUGUCCAUGACUGUUUGAACAUUCCCGGCAAUUAUCGCUGCACUUGUUUUGAUGGCUUCAUGUUGGCUCAUGACGGUCAUAAUUGUCUUGAUGUGGACGAGUGCCUGGAGAACAAUGGCGGCUGCCAGCACACCUGUGUCAACGUCAUGGGAAGCUACGAGUGCCGCUGCAAGGAGGGGUUUUUCCUGAGUGACAAUCAGCACACGUGCAUUCACCGCUCAGAAGAGGGUCUGAGCUGCAUGAAUAAGAAUCACGGCUGUAGUCACAUCUGCAAGGAGGCCCCGAGGGGCAGCGUUGCCUGCGAGUGCAGGCCUGGUUUUGAGCUGGCCAAGAACCAGAGAGACUGCACCUUGACCUGUAACCAUGGAAACGGCGGAUGCCAUCACUCCUGUGAGGACACUGCUGCAGGCCCAGAGUGUAGCUGCCAUCCCCAGUACAAGAUGCACACGGAUGGAAGGAGCUGCCUUGAGCGAGAGGACGCUUCCCUGGAGGUGAUGGAGAAUAAUGCCACAUCCGUGGCGGAUGGGGAUAAACGGGUAAAACGGCGGCUGCUCAUGGAAACGUGUGCUGUCAACAAUGGAGGCUGCGAUCGCACCUGUAAGGAUACUUCGACAGGUGUUCAUUGCAGUUGUCCCGUUGGAUUCAGUCUCCAGUUGGAUGGGAAGACCUGUAAAGAUAUUGAUGAGUGCCAGACGUGCAAUGGAGGUUGCGAUCAUUUCUGCAAAAACACCGUGGGCAGUUUUGACUGCAGCUGCAAAAAGGGAUUUAAAUUAUUAACAGAUGAGAAGUCUUGCCAAGAUGUGGAUGAAUGCUCUUUGGAUAGGACCUGUGACCACAGCUGCAUCAACCACCCUGGCACGUUUGCAUGUGCUUGCAACAAAGGGUACACCCUCUAUGGCUUUACCCACUGUGGAGACACCAAUGAGUGCAGCGUCAACAACGGAGGCUGUCAGCAGGUCUGCGUGAACACCGUGGGCAGCUACGAAUGCCGGUGCCACUCUGCGCACAAGCUCCACUGGAAUAAAAAAGACUGUGUGGAAGUGGAGGGGGUCCUGCCCACUAGCGUAUCACCCCACGUGUCCCUGCAGUGUGGUAAGAGUGGUGGAGGAGACAGGUGCUUCCUCAGAUGUCUCUCUGGCAUUCACCUCUCUUCAGGACUGCAAGAGGCCUAUUCUGUCACCUGCGGCUCUUCCUCUCCUCUCAGGAGCAAACAGCAAAAAUCAAAUGACUCUGCUUUCGGGGGUAACAUCUCUCACUUGUUUCUUUCUGAAGAUGUCGCCACCGUCAGGACAAGUGUAACCUUUAAGCUAAAUGAAGGCAAGUGUAGUUUGAAAAAGGCUGAUCUGUUUCCCGAGGGUCUGCGACCAAUACUACCAGAGAAGCACAGCUCAGUAAAAGAGAGCUUCCGCUACGCAAACCUUACAUGCAGCUCUGGCAAGCAAGUCCCGGGAGCCCCCGGACGACCGAGCACCCCUAAGGAAAUGUUUAUCACUGUUGAGUUUGAGCUUGAAACUAACCAAAAGGAGGUGACAGCCUCUUGUGAUCUGAGUUGCAUCAUAAAGCGAACAGAGAAGCGGCUCCGGAAGGCCAUCCGCACGCUCCGGAAGGCUGCCCACAGGGAGCAGUUUCACCUCCAGCUCUCAGGCGUGGACCUCGAAGUGGCUAAAAAGUCUCCCCAAACAUCUGAACACUGGGCGGAGUCCUGUGGAGUGGGUCAGGGCCAUGUAGGAAACCAAUGUGUCAGUUGCAGGGCUGGAACAUACUACGAUGGAGUACAAGAACGCUGCAUUUUAUGUCCAAAUGGAACCUUCCAAAAUGAGGAAGGGCAAAUCACAUGCGAACCAUGCCCAAGCCCAGAAAAUCCUGGGGCCCUGGAGACUCCAGAAGCUUGGAAUGCAUCUGAAUGUGGAGGUCUGUGCCAACCUGGUGAGUAUUCCGCGGAUGGCUUUGCACCCUGCCAGCUCUGUGCCCUGGGCACAUUCCAGCCUGAAGCUGGCCGUACUUCCUGCUUUCCCUGUGGAGGAGGCCUCCUCACCAAACACCUGGGAGCCACUUCCUUCCAGGACUGUGAAACCAGAGUUCAGUGUUCACCCGGACAUUUCUACAACACCACCACUCACCGAUGUAUUCGUUGCCCAGCAGGAACAUACCAGCCAGAAUUUGGAAAAAAUAAUUGUGUUUCCUGCCCAGGAAAUACCACGACUGACUUUGAUGGCUCCACAAACAUAACCCAGUGUAAAAACAGAAGAUGUGGAGGGGAGCUAGGUGAUUUCACUGGAUACAUCGAAUCCCCAAACUACCCAGGCAAUUACCCUGCCAACACAGAAUGUACCUGGACCAUCAACCCACCCCCCAAGCGCCGCAUCUUGAUUGUGGUCCCUGAGAUCUUCCUGCCCAUAGAGGAUGACUGUGGAGACUACCUGGUGAUGCGGAAAACUGCUUUGUCCAAUUCUGUGACAACGUAUGAAACCUGCCAGACCUACGAACGCCCCAUCGCCUUCACCUCCAGAUCCAAGAAGCUGUGGAUUCAGUUUAAGUCCAAUGAAGGGAACAGCGCCAGAGGGUUCCAGGUCCCGUAUGUGACAUACGAUGAGGACUACCAGGAACUCAUUGAAGACAUAGUUCGAGAUGGCAGGCUCUACGCAUCAGAGAACCAUCAGGAAAUACUGAAGGAUAAGAAACUGAUCAAGGCUCUGUUUGAUGUUCUGGCCCACCCCCAGAACUAUUUCAAGUACACGGCCCAGGAGUCCCGGGAAAUGUUUCCAAGAUCCUUCAUCCGAUUGCUCCGUUCCAAAGUGUCCAGGUUUCUGAGGCCUUACAAAUGAGCCUGCCCAUGUGCCACUCAGCACAGCAUUGGGCUGUGGGCUGGUGGAACACAGCGAUCUGCUUCUGCAGCCAGCAUAGCCGGAUAACGCUGCCUCUAGUAGCAGUGGCUGG